AUGAGAUUUCACCAUUAUGGCUUUUCGAACAUAAACGCAAUACUCAAGCAUGCAUUUGGCAAGCAUUGGGAGAACCAACGAGUUUCAGCACCACCAGCAUUGCAUGGCCUCCGGCUUAGGCUUCGAAUGCAGCGUGCUGUUGAGAUGCCCGGGAUGAAAACCCACAUGUUCAAAAAGAUCAGAAGGCAGAUCGCCAGGGCUUUGACUAUGAGGCGCCAGCGUGAGAUUGCACGGGGCAUUACUCAAGAGCAAAGCCGGCGCAUGCGCCGCCGCAGACGCUUAGAGCUGAAGGUGAAGUAUGAGGAUGCUUAUGGUGGCGAGCGAAAAGGUCCGAAGUCCCGCCGUUGGCUGCGCCGCAUGGGGCGCAUUGUCUGA